CUCAAGAAAACCUGAAUAAGUUCUUCGUGAGUAACAAAAAUAUAAGAAAAAAAUAAAGACUAUUCCGACAAAUGACAACCAAGAAAAUUAUAUUUCUUUUAAUGGUCGUUGCCCUGAUCCUUACGCCCAUGGUUGCAGGUCAACUUCAGGCUACAUGUCGUAUUGCGGGGAUGUGUAAAGGCCAAAAGGCAUGCGAUGAAAGAUGUGCAGCCUUGGGUACCCAGAGAGGAGGUGUUUGUACAAAAUUCUUAGGUGAUUUGUAUUGUUGCUGCUGGGAUCUUCACUUCUCCAUUGCUCCUAAAAACUAAAUGAUUCGUAACUUAUAAUAUGUACUCUCUAUUCAACUCAAACAAUAUAUAUUCGCAUCAGUAUGAAUAGAAGUAUGUGUAAGAAAAAAAAUUAUGAUCUCAU